CGCGCUCCCUGCUGGGCUCGCUGCGGGCAGCCGGGCGGGCUUCUCGCCCCAGGGGAGGAGGGCUGAGAACCACUGAGGGAUAACCAGGCGGUAUGAUGCAGGCAACUCCACCAGCAAUAAACGUUACAACCGGCUAUAAAGAUCAAAUGACACUUGGGUUGGUUAACGAAAGCUAUACAAGAGGAAAGUGUUGGAAUACUGAGCAUGGAAAUUUACUGUGCUGAGCUCAGCUGAUGAAAAACAAGUUUCAGUCAGAAAAGCGGUUUACUUAUGUCAACUCUUCUGCCUACCAAAUGGAAAAAGAGGCCUGUGUAUAGAGAGAGGGUGGCAGAAAGAAUAACAGUCUUGCUGAACUAGUGGCUUCAGAGAAAGAAAACUGGCAUUCAAAUUCACGUCUGGAAAGUGUGGCUCUCCAGUUUGAAGGUUGUUUGAGGAAUUUGGGGGCUGAAGGUCAUGGUUGGAAGCUAUCAGCAUCUGAAGCAAUUCUAGGUUCCUACAUUAAAUGCUGAAAUCUGCUAGCUUGACUCCACUGUGAAGCAACACCUGAAGUAAGUGAGAACACAGAGACCUAGGGGAAAGGCUAAUUACAACCCCAGCUAGCCUAUUAUUUCAGCAAUAUAUUGUAGACUUCAGGGAUAAAAAAGCAAGAGGGGCUGAAGAACUUAGCAGAGUGGAUCUUUUAAUAGCCUCAAGAAAAAUAAACUAACUGUGUUUUGAUAGGAAGAACUAUUUUUUCACUUUUUUUCUGCAUUCCAAAUUUCAAAGCUCUUUGGAAAGUCUCCCUCUUCCCCUCCCCUCAUCUAUUUUGAAAUAUAUCAUUUUGCUCAGACGUCUAUUUUCACCAUUUCUACGUAUCUGGAAGUCUCUUUUUUUGAAACUAUGGGCUCAGAACAAGCAACCCCUCAGGUAUCUGUGGGUAAUAAUGGCUUGCUUUAUUUCAAGAUACAUAUAUGAUCUGGAAGUUCUUUGCCUUGCUCAGUUUUUCAAGUGGUAAAGAAAGAUCAGAGCCCAACGAUGGCAGAGAAGUGUGACUGUAUCGCCAGCAUGUAUGGCUAUGAUCUGGGUUGCCGCUUUGUUGAUUUCAGGCCCCUGGGCGUUGGUGCAAACGGACUGGUUCUGUCCGCGGUUGACAGCAAAAGCUGCCGCAAGGUGGCUGUGAAGAAGAUCACCAUCAGCGACGCGCGGAGCAUGAAGCAUGCCUUCCGAGAGAUCAAGAUCAUCCGCCGGCUGGACCACGACAACGUUGUGAAAGUGUAUGAGGUGUUGGGGCCUAAGGGAGCCGAUCUGCAAGGGGAGUUUUUCAAGUUUAACACAGUGUACAUAGUCCAGGAGUACAUGGAGACUGACUUGGCUCGACUGCUGGAGCAAGGAACGUUGACUGAGGAACAUGCCAAACUCUUCAUGUACCAGUUGCUGAGAGGGCUGAAGUACAUCCACUCGGCUAAUAUACUGCACAGAGACCUCAAGCCUGCCAACAUUUUCAUCAGCACAGAGGACUUGGUGUUGAAGAUCGGUGACUUUGGGCUGGCAAGGAUUGUAGAUCAACAUUACUCUCAUAAGGGUUAUCUUUCUGAAGGCCUAGUAACAAAAUGGUAUCGAUCUCCACGCCUGCUCCUCUCACCUAAUGCCUACACCAAAGCCAUUGACAUGUGGGCAGCAGGUUGCAUCCUGGCGGAAAUGCUCACGGGAAGGAUGUUGUUUGCUGGGAAUCAUGAGCUGGAACAGAUGCAGCUCAUUCUGGAGACGAUCCCUGUUGUCCAUGAAGAGGACAAAGAGGAGUUGCUCAAAGUGAUGCCAACUUUCAUCAACAGCACCUGGGAAGUGAAGAAACCUUUACGCAAGCUGCUCCCAGAAGUGAACGGCGAAGCUAUUGAUUUUCUGGAGAAGAUCCUGACAUUUAACCCCAGGGAUCGAUUGACUGCAGAGAUGAGUUUGCAGCAUCCUUACAUGAGCCCAUACUCGUGCCCUGAAGAUGAACCAAUUUCUCAGCAUCCAUUUCGGAUUGAGGAUGAGAUUGAUGAUAUUUUACUGAUGGAAGCCAACCAGAGCCAGAUGUCCAACUGGGACAGGUAUCAAGUAAGUCUCUCUUCUGAUUUGGAGUGGCGACAUGACAAAUACCAUGAUACAGAUGAGGUACAACGGGACCCACGUGCAGGAUCCGACUCCAUUGCUGAAGAAGCACAAGUUGAUCCACGCAAAUAUUCUCAGAGCAGCUCAGAGAGAUUCUUGGAGCAAUCACAUUCCUCAAUGGAUCGAAUGUUUGAUGUUGAUUAUGGGAAAUCAUGUGAUUACAAAGUGGGGUCACCUUCCUACUUGGACAAACUGCUCUGGAGAGACAAUAAACCCCAUCAUUACUCAGAGCCCAAACUUAUCUUAGACUUGUCGCACUGGAAAACAGCAACUAUAGCACCCACUGCAGAGUUAUCACUGGAAGAAGAACCAUCUAACCUCUUUCUAGAGAUAGCUCAAUGGGUAAAGAGCACACAGUCAGGUCUUGAAUGCCCUAGUCCUCUUCCAGAGCUUCAAGAACAGAGUCUGCUCUCUUCUCCUCACCAUCAUCAUAAAGAAGCCAAGGAUGUAAACAGUGAAACAGACCCUCAGUUUGACUUGGAUGUCUUCAUCUCUAGGGCGCUGAAACUUUGUACGAAACCUGAGGAUCUCCCAGACAAUAAGCUCAAUGAUAUCAAUGGGGCUUGUAUUUCAGAACAUCCUAAUGAGAUUGUACAAACAGAGGUGUUUCAGAAAGAGAGGUGGUAAAGAAACAAUGUCUGAUAUUCACUGCUAAUCUCUUUGUAAGUCUUUGAUAAUGCAUCAAUUACCCUACGGUGAACAGUAAUUAAGGUUUGAUCAGUCAUUGAACAUGUCAGUUUCUUACAGUAUAAUGAAUGCCUUUUUAUUAAAAGGUGAGCACAAACCAAGAACCCCUUUUGAUGCCUUAGAAAUAUACUUAAAGGAAUCAAGAGGUGUGAAUGAAAUAUUGAGUUUUUUAUGCUGCCUUAACAAUUUUGCCUUGUAACUUCUGGGACCUAUUUGGUAUUUCAAUAUACAAUGGAGAGAUGACUGUACAAGUUUACAAACAGAAGUUGAAUGAACUUCCUUUUUUAUAUAUAAUAUCUUAAAGGAAUAAGGAUGAAGGGGAAUCCCUUCAUUAUGGUCAGACGCUCCCCUGGUUUGACAGGUUCAAAACACGUUGAACCAGAGGGCUUCUUUGAUGAACUCAUCUGAGUAUUGUCUGUACAGAAAGGAGUAAUGUAAGGGCACCUCUUUCAGUAAUUAGUCCUAUAUACAGCUUUGACCAAAUUCUGCCUUUAAUCAGGAAAUAGGGGUUGGAAGAAUGUAACUAAGGGCAGAAUUUGGCCAUCGGGACAGAAAAUGAGGCUGCAAUAUUAAUGGGGAAAGAAUUUGACCUACAGUGUAUGGGUCAUUCUGUUUGUCUCAUUGGGAGAGAGAAUUUUCACUAAUAAGCACAUUCUUCUAAUCUGGUUCCUCACAUAAACAAGUCUUUCCAUUUGCAGUCUAGAUGUGGAUCUGAAGUCUGCCAUUUUUAGAAGAUCCAGCACCAUAACUAUGGGUGGAUGAAUUAAAAAAGCAUAAUGCAGAGAAACCUGUCUUAAGCAACUGCUGAAAGAGCCAGCAAAUACUGGCAGUGUGGUCUGCAGAGGAGGAGAGAACUGGAAAUUCAGGAGUACUGAGUUAUGAUCUUGGCUCUUCCACUUAUUUGCUAUGUAGCCUUAAGCAAGUCACUUAAUGUCUCCAUUACAAAUUUCCCAUCUGCAAAAUAGGAUAAUACCUUGCUCAAAUAGAUGUUGGGCAAGUAAAUUAGCCAAAGCUUGUAAAGUGCUUUGAAUAGCCACAGUACUAUAUAAGUGCUAAGUAUUGUUAUAUCAUUUUUCUAACAGAAAUUGGUGGUCUUUGGCUAAAAUUUGAACAAAAUCGUAUGGAAACUUUCAAGAUAUGUUCAAGUGGUCACUUAAACCAGUGGUUUGGCUGUUGGAGGUGGUCCUCUGUGCAGGCUGCACAACAGGGACCGACCAGCAAGGAAAGGUGAUCCCCUUACUGGUGGCAUUAGAUUCUUACACUAUAUAUAUGUAUAUAUACAGUGUGUACAUAUGAAGUAUAUACAGUUCAGAUAUGAAGAAAU